AUGUUACGAUGGUACCAAACCAAGCUCGCGCGCCGGCCCCUACUCACACAGAGCAUCACCACAGCCGUACUCUUCGCAACGGGCGAUGUGAUGGCGCAGCAAGCGGUUGAGCGCGUCGGGCCCUCCAAGCACAACCUCGCCCGCACAGGACGAAUGGCCCUAUACGGCGGCGCCGUCUUCGGCCCCGCCGCCACGACCUGGUUCUCCUUCCUCGCGCGCCGGAUCAACUUCCCCACGGCGCCGAACCUGACCAUCGGCGCGCGCGUGCUGACGGACCAGACGGUGUUCGCGUCGACGAACCUGUUCUGCUUCCUGUCGUCGAUGGCCGUGAUGGAGGGGACGGACCCGGGCGAGAAGCUGCGGGGGACGUACUGGGAGGCGUUGAAGAAGAACUGGAUGGUGUGGCCGGCGGUGCAGGCGGUGAACUUCCGGUUCGUGCCGCUGGAGCACCGCGUCUUGGUGGUGAAUGUGGUUAGUUUGGGCUGGAACUGCUACCUCAGCUACGUGAACAGCCAGGGCGGGAAGGAGAAGAUAGGAGACGUGCUCGACAAGGAGGAAUGA